CCGCCUUAAGUAAAUAGCCUACUUUGCCUUCACAUAUACUCACACACCAUCAGUGCAUGCUAUCAUCAACCUGUUGAACAUGGUAUUUGAAAGGAGUGCUGCUUUGCUGUUUUGCAUUGUUGCUGUUUUUCAAAUAACAGUAGCCUCACCUCCCACUUUCAACAUUGACUACAAACAUGACUGCUUCCGUAAGGAUGGGGAGGUUUUCCGCUACAUAUCUGGAAGCAUCCAUUACAACCGGAUUCCCAGAGUUUACUGGAAAGACAGGCUACUCAAGAUGUACAUGGCAGGACUGAAUGCCAUCCAAACGUAUAUACCGUGGAACUUUCACGAGCUGGAUCCUGGGCACUAUGAUUUCAGUGGAGACCGUGAUGUCACACACUUCCUUCAGCUGGCCCAGGAUCUUGGGCUUCUAGUCAUCCUCCGACCUGGUCCCUAUAUCUGUGGCGAGUGGGACAUGGGUGGUCUUCCAGCUUGGUUACUUAAAAACAAGGACGUUGUCCUGCGUUCUUCAGAUCCAGACUACAUUGCUGCUGUUGACAAGUGGAUGGGAAAACUGCUUCCAUUGAUUAAGCCCUUCCUUUAUCAAAAUGGUGGGCCAGUCAUAACUGUUCAAGUUGAGAAUGAGUAUGGGAGCUAUUUUGCCUGUGACUACAAUUACCUCCGUCACCUCACCUCACUGUUCCGUUCCCACCUGGGGAAUGAGGUGGUGCUCUUCACCACUGAUGGGGCAGGUGUGUCCUACCUGAAGUGUGGCUCUCUGCAGGGACUCUACGCAACUGUUGAUUUUGGGCCAGGCUCCAAUGUUACAGCUGCUUUCUCUGCUCAGAGAUACGCUGAACCACAUGGACCUUUGGUGAACUCCGAGUUCUACACAGGCUGGCUGGAUCACUGGGGAGAGAAACAUUCUCUAGUUUCUACGGCUGCCAUUGUCAAGUCUCUGAAUGAGAUGCUAAGCUUGGGGGCCAAUGUGAACAUGUAUAUGUUCAUUGGAGGGACCAAUUUUGGUUAUUGGAAUGGAGCCAAUACAAAAUAUGCACCCCAACCUACAAGUUAUGAUUACGAUGCACCCCUAACAGAAGCUGGAGAUCUUACAGACAAGUACUUUGCCAUUCGGGAUGUCAUCAAAAUGUACAGGAAAAUACCACAGGGUCCAGUACUGCCUUCAACACCCAAGUAUGCAUAUGGGUCUGUGAAAAUGAGCCAACUUACAACAAUCACCAAGGCAGCUGACAUAUUAUCUUUCGGGGGCCCUGUUAAAACCAUGUAUCCUCUCACGUUCAUUGAGUUAAACCAGAAAUUUGGGUAUGUUCUCUACAGAACCACUCUACCCGUGGAUUGCUCCAAACCUACCCCUCUGUCCUCACCGAUGAAUGGAGUGCAUGACCGUGCCUAUGUGUCUAUGAAUGGGGUCGCCAGUGGAAUUCUGGAGAGGAACAAAGUUAUAACUACAAACAUUACUGGGAAAGCUGGAGACCAGUUGGAUGUACUAGUUGAGAACAUGGGCCGCAUCAACUAUGGGAAGGAAAUCAAUGACUUCAAGGGUCUCGUCUCCAAUCUCACACUGGCCUCACAGGAGCUCCGUGACUGGGAAGUGUUCAGCCUGAGCAUUGACGAGGCCAUCACUGAAGGCCUUCUGUGGGAGGGGAACCCCUCGCUUCCCUUCAGGUCCUCCAUUCUUUCCCCUCCAGCCUUUUAUACUGGCAGCUUUAUUAUCCCAGAUGGCAUUCCAGAUCUGCCUCAGGACACCUACAUCCUGUUUCCUGGCUGGAAAAAGGGCCAGGUCUGGAUCAAUGGCUUCAAUCUUGGUCGUUACUGGCCAGAUCGAGGACCUCAGGUGACAUUGUUUGUUCCAGCUAACAUCCUCAGCACAUCUGCAUCCAACAACGUAACAGUACUGGAAUUGGAGGGGGCUCCAUGUAACCCUGGGCCCUGCACAGUGGAGUUCACCACCAUGGCCGUCUUAAACGCUACAGUGACAUCCUUGUCAGAUCAGACAAGACAGUUGUUUCGUAAAGAGGAUCUGUUGUGACCUUUUGCCUGCCAGAAGGUGGUUGAUUGUGGUGGUUCUGUGCAUUAGUGAUGGCUCUGAAUCACAUAGCUGAGUGAACGCUGAGUCAAUUCACGUGGUCACGCUUUUCCUCAUAUUGUCAUUGUUUGUUGAGCUUGAAAUUGAUAUUUGGAUCAUGAAUGGUUCUACCUCAUUGUCCUGACAUGUCCUCUGUUCUAGUACUGUUCAAUCUAAGUAGAUAAAAGUGACUCUUGCAUCUUGUCAGAGAAGCUGAACAAAAGGGAAUCAUUUUUAAAUUAGAUUUUAAACAAGUCAUGUGGUAAUGUGGUAGUAACAGUUGACCAAAGGUGUAAUCUGAAAAAGUUUCCUGUUUUUCCAGACUGCUAACUAACAAUCUGAACCAUCGUAUUCAUAUCUGUGUUCAGAAUAGGGAAUUGAGGUAUUGUGUGUGCCAGCAGUCUGGGGCUGCCAUGUUCAUUCAGAUUGCGUCAGGGAUAAUCAGUUACAUCACUGCUUUUAAAGUUAAAGUGCCAUUUUUUUUUUUUUUUUAAUUGUCCUUUGCCAUUUAUAUUAUCGGCCUUCAGGAAUAGAAUAGUCAGCUACCUUUUGAGAAGAUAGCGGCCCAUGUAGUUCAAUUUCAGAGAGAGACAGAAUGUGAAUUGUGUUUUGUUUUCAUGUUGCCAUAACACAGUUGAUCAUUUGUGACAUUAGAUGCCUCUUGGAUAAACACAGCUUUUUGAAUGACUGGAUGAUGACAAUUGUUUGCACUCCCUUUGAUCAUUGCACUUGUCAGAGGCACUAUUGGUAUGUUCAUUUUGUUUGUAAACGUUAGGAUUAUUUUGUUUUCAUGUCUUUUUAGUGUUGAUUUGCACAAAUAAUAAUAAUAAAAAAAAUGUAUCUA